AUGGAGCAUUUGAGGGCCGCCCUCGGGGCGCUGAGACGGGUGGGGCUAAUGGCCAACCUGAAGAAGUGCACAGUUGGGCGGGUGGAGGUAAGGUAUCUGUGCUUCAACUUGGGUCAUGGGCAGGUGCGUCCCCAAAUUGAUAAGACAGGAGCAAUUGCAACUUGUCCCAGGCCUAAGACUAAGAAGGAAGUGAGGCUGGGGCUGGUGGGAUAUUACAGAAGAUUUAUUCCUGGUUAUUCGAACUUCACCAGCCCGCUGACUGACCUUACUAAAAAGGAAGUACCAGAUACAGACCAAUGGAGGGAGCAGUGCCAGCAGGCUUUUUACCCAGGUUAA